CUCUAGACUCCACUGAUCAAUAGCAAGUGAAUCCUUUUCCAGGAAUUAAUGGCGACACUCAACUCAGCUUAACAUUCAAGGCAACAGCAUUACCUCCGGCACAUACUCUUAUGAAGUGCAUGGAGAACACCUCGGCCCACGGACGAUCGCCAGGCCAGCUCCUAACCACGCUGAUGGCUGCUACUAAGUUCCUGAAUGUCAAGGGCUAUUUUCUUUCUCAGGCAGCACUGCCUAAACCCCAGCAACAGAAGGAGGGGGCUGCACGCCAGGCUGGGGCUGUCUCAUUUUGGAGAGAAACCCCGAGGAAUUGGAGGAUUCUCAAUUUGAACCUGGCCUUCCGGGUGCUUAUGAAGAGGCAUAAGAGAAAUCACUCCUCCUUCUGCAGAGCUUAGAGGAUUUGAAUGGUGGUCAAAAGGAAGCAGCACCAUAAAGACCAACAGCAAGAGCUUCAUCCCAGCCAUGAACACUGAUGGUUUGAUGAUAAGGAGGAAGCAUGCAAAGAAAUCCACAGGUACCAGGGUAUAAUUUUAUACAUACUUAUUUAUUCAAUCCUCACAACUUUGCCUAGGAGGAAACUGAGGCUCAAGUAUAAUUAUUACUCUGCUCCAGCCAUGUACUUAUGAGGCCCUGGGUCCAGUGCUCACAUGCUCCACUGGGAAAGGCCACUGGUGUAACUCCUUGAGAAUCACAGGAACCAAGAUCUGAGCACGUCUGCACCAUGGGCACAUCAUUCAUACUGGAAGAGUUGUUUCCAGCACUAAGGAAAUAUUUGUCAAAAGGAGCAGCCCCGGGUGGCAGCGUGACAGCCAUGUCUGCAGCAAUGAGUCAAGGAUUCUACUAAUUCCAUCAUCAGAAGAACUGCGUGACUGACUUCUUGGCAAACACCAAGGCCAACACCAGCGUGAACUGGAGCUACAUGGCACUCAGUGUCAUUGGGCUGGUGGCUUUGUACCUAGUGUUUGGUCAUGGAGCCUCUCUUCUCUGCAACCUGAUAGGAUUUGAUUACCCAGCCUAUGUCUCAAUUAAAGCCAUAGAGAGCCCCAACAAAGAAGAUGAUACCCAGUGGCUGACCUACUGGGCAGUGUUUGGUGUGUUCAGCAUUGCCGAAUUCUUCUCUGACCUCUUCCUUUUAUGGUUCCCCUUCUACUACGUGUUGAAGUGCAGCUUCCUGUUGUGGUGCAUGGCCCCCAGCCCUGUCAAUGGAGUGGACCUUCUCUACAAGCGCAUCAUCUGUCUUUUCUUCCUGAAGCACGAGUCCCAGGUAGACAAGGCAGUGAAUGACUUGAAGGACAAAGCCAAAGAGACAGCAUAUGCCAUCUUUAAAGAAGCCAAGAAAGCUGCUGUGAAUUUACUGGGUGAGAAAAAGAAAAGCACCUAAACCACUGGCUGGAUGAAACGUUUCUACCCUCUCUGUACUUUCCUAGUAGAGC